ACACGGAAACGGCAACUUGACUUGUGCAAUUUCACACUCAUUGCUUACGAUGAAACAUUAUCGCUGUUACGCUUGCUGAUUCUGUGUAACUGCUCUUCUUCAUCCACCAUGCCAUCCCGUCCGCUUCCUCAAUCUCAGCCGUCCAUCACUCCUUCAGCUGCCCCUCUAUACCUCCACCGACAUCGCGGCCCUAUUGUCUCUCGCCUCCUUCCACCGCUGUCCGCUGCCACCGCCGCCUUCUCCUGUCUCCUUAUUCUCAUCUUCUGCUUUCGCAAUAAGCUUACCAAAAAACGCACCGUUCCUUCCGACUCUAAGCCUCCCCACCGCUUAUCCUACUCCCUCCUCCGCCGUGCCACCGACUCCUUCUCUCCCUCUAACCGCCUUGGCCAAGGUGGCUUCGGCUCCGUCUUUCGUGGAGUCCUCCCGUGCUCCUCCCCCUCGAGUCCGCACCAGCAUGUCGCCGUUAAAGUCAUGGACUCCGGAUCCUUACAGGGCGAACGAGAGUUUUAUAACGAACUGUUCUUUGCUUCGGCCAUCGAAUCAAACGAUCACGUCGUUUCGGUUCUCGGGUUUUCAUCGGACCCGAAACGACAUAGAAUGUUGUUGGUUUAUGAGCUGAUGAGUAAUGGAAAUUUGCAGGACGCUUUGUUGCAUAAGAAGUGCCCAGAGUUGAUGGAGUGGAAGAAGCGUUUUUCUGUUGCGGUUGAUAUUGCGAAGGCAAUUGCUUAUUUACAUAGUUUGAAUCCGCCCGUGAUUCACGGUGACAUAAAGCCGAGUAAUAUAUUAUUGGAUCAGUUCUUUUCUGCUAAGAUUGCGGACUUUGGACUUGCGAGGUUGAAAUCGGAAAGUGAAAAUCAGAAGGCGGAGUUGGAGUGUAACAGUGGGGCCGCUGUAGAGGAUUGUGGAUCCGUUGCAGAGACUGAGAGUGUGAAUACGACAACUACUACAACUGCUUGUGAGGAGUUGAGUAUAAGUUUGGAUCAGUCGCCGGAGAGUCUUCUUAAAGCUACGGCGCCGGUGAUCCAACAAUCGCCAGAGGAUGUGAAGGUGAAGGAAUACGUAAUUGAGUGGAUCGGAGCAGAGAUUAAAACUGAAAGACCAACGAGUAAUUGGAAUGAAGGAGCUUCUUCGCAGAAAAUUGAUAAAAAGAAGAAGAAGAAAAGAUUAGAUUGGUGGGUUUCAUUAGAUGAGGAUAAAGAAGAAAAUGUAAAGAACUUGAAACGGGAGAAGCGUAGGCCAGCUAGAGAGUGGUGGAAAGAAGAGUAUUGUGAAGAACUGGCGAAGAAGAAGAAGAAAAAGAAGAGACAAUUGGGAACAAAUAGCGAUGAUGAUUGGUGGCCCGGAGAUGAAGAAAUGAGUGUAGAUAGAAAGAAGAAGAGUAAAAGUAGAAACAGAAGUAGAAGUAGUAAAGGUAGUUUGGAUCGGUGGUUAGAAGGACUAAGCGGUGAGUUCUCAAGAGCAAGUGGAGAGAUUCCUAAGAGUGGUGGAAUAACAAGUACCCCUAGUAUGCGUGGCACUGUUUGUUAUGUUGCCCCUGAAUACAAUGUUGGUGGAGAUUUAUCUGAGAAAUCUGAUGUUUAUAGUUUUGGGGUGUUACUUUUAGUUUUGAUUGCUGGCCGGCGUCCUCUUCAAGUCACAGGAUCCCCAAUGUCAGAAUUUCAACGUGCAAAUCUUAUAUCGUGGGCUCGUCAUCUUGCACGAGCAGGGAGAUUGAUUGAAUUGGUUGAUCAGGCUGUUGUAAAGUCUUUGGAUAGAGAACAAGCUCUGAUUUGUAUUACAGUUGCCUUACUUUGUUUGCAGAAGUCACCUGCUCACCGACCUUCUAUGGAGGAGGUGGUUGGAAUGCUUAGUGGUGCAUCAGAGGCACCACAAUUACCUGCUGAAUUGUCACCUUCACCACCGUCACGCUUUCCCUUCAAGUCACGGAAGAGGGGACCGAUAAUGUGACAAGCUAGUCAUAUUAUAAUCCAAGAAAGAUUGGUAGGGCAAAGUGCUGUAUGAGAAAUUUGUGACAUUGAGACAUGAUCUGAUGAAAUAGAAAGAGUGGUGUCUUGGAGUUUAUUCUUGUGUGAUUAUGGCACAUUUCCGGGUAAUGGAUACUGCAGGCAGAAGCAGAAAUGAAUGCAGAGCAGCAUCUGAUGCUUUCCCAAACUGAUGCUGACAGGCUAUAUUAUAACUUAAUCGGGAAGGCUCGACAUCUGGUUCAAGCCAUCAAUGUUCAGGUUACUGUCUCUUUGAGUGCAUAGUAAUUUAUUGGCAACUGAGAUGGAAGUAUGACAUUCAGGACAAGAAUUUGUGGAGUUAUAGUUGCAAAAGACAUAAUACUGAACUCGGUUAUGGAUAUGCCCAUCUUCUGCAGCCACAGCAUGAGUUUGAUGCUAGAUUAGACGCUCUGAUGAGCUGCGCCUGCUGGUAAAAUGAGAAGCUUCAUCAUGAAAAUGGGAAGUCUGAUCAGAGGAAAGAUUAACCGGGGACUGAUGAUAAGCUACAAUUCCUACUCAAAGUUUGACAGAAGCUCGAGAGAAGAUCACUUCGCACAAGGGGAAGGGCUGUAAAGUUUUGCAUGCAUCGGAGAUAAAUUACCUAAAAAAUUAUUGAGAAUAAAUAAUUAUUAUAUUUAAUAAAAUUUGAUAAAUUAAAUAA